AUUCGUUAUGGGUUCUUGUAGCACUAAAAAGAAAGCAAAUAAAUAAGAAGAAGUGGUUGUAACCACUAAAGGAUAAGAUGAUAAACCUAAAAUAGAAAAAAAAUAAUAGAUAGCUUAAAUAUUAGCUCCAAAUUUAGCAAAGACAGCUUAAUCUGAUGCUGUAAAUGAGUCAAGUAUCUCAAAUCGAUCUCCAAACAAAGUUCUUGAUAACUAAAUAUAAUAAAUCUAAAUAAGAUCUGGACUUUUCAGAGUUUAUACAUUAUUGGGAAGCAAACCAGAUUCUUAUAUAGAAAAAUUAGAAGAAAAUCAAAUAAAAUUAGUUUAACAUAAUGUUAGUGGAAUUAAGAAAAGAGUAGAGACAAUUAAUAAAUUUGAUACUUAGAGUGAGAAUUUGAUAAAGAAUAUUUAGAAAAAUAGAUUGGUAUUAAAACAUUUAAGACUAGUAAAAUGAAUAUAUCUGUCCAAUUACUAAUAUUUAUGAAGAUACAGAAAACUAUUACCUUCUUUCUGACUAUUGUAGCGGAGGAAGUUUAAGUACUUUAAAUGGAUGUUUAAAUGAUAGUUAAGUAAUGAUACUUUUAAAUUAAAUGGUGAAUUCUAUUUCUUAUUUACAUUCAAAAAAGAUUGUUCAUGGAAGAUUAUCUAUGGAUAGUUUUCAUUUAUUAAGUGAUAUGAAUAGUUUAUUUUGUAAAUUGAUAGAUGUAACAUGUUUAUUUUAUGAAAAUUAAUCUGUAAAGAUAGAACCAUCAUUUGAAAAUUAUUCUGAAGAUGUUUAUGCUUUAGGUAUGAUUGGCUACUAAUUAUUGAUCGGAUAAAUGCCAUAUUAAAUCAAAAAUAAUAAAUAAUUAGAGGAUAAAUAAGAUAAACCUUUAUUAUAUUUCAAAGAAGGAACUUCUCAUUCUUUAAAACGAAUUUUAAUAAAAAUGUUAGAAAAAAAUACAUCUGAAAGAAUAAUAAUGGAUGAUGUUAAAAAAUCUUUAUCUAAAAAUGAUUAAAGGAAUAAUUAUUCAGAUGUAUUAAUUAAACCUUUGUAUUUUUUAUCAAAAUGUAAACCAAGAAAUUAUAUUCAUGUUGUGUUUCUAGCUUUUAUGCUUAACUAAUUUAAUUAAGAAGAAGUUUGUAUUCUACAAAAAAUAUUCAAUGAUGCAGACCUUGAUUAAGAUGGAUUACUGAAAAAAGAAGAUAUCCUUAGAUUAUAUAAAUCUAUUGUUGAAUAUGAGAACAUCAUUGUUGAUAUAUAAUAUCUUUUCUAAAAAUUAGACAUAACAAACAAAGGAUCAAUAGAUAUCAAGGAAUUUAUCUCAGGAGCAUUGAAUCUCGAAGAUUUAUUGACUUAAACAUAUUUAGAAACCUGUUUCAAAUAUUUAUAGAAUUAAAGAGGAUAAAUAACAUGUUAAAGUGUCAAAAAGCAUAUGGAUAUAAACUAAUAACUAUUCGUUUAAACAUUAGAAGAAAUUAAAGGUUAACAUAAGGUAUCAUUUCAUUUCAUAUUAAAUAGUUAAAUUAUCAUGAUUUUAUUGAUAUAAUGAGAGAACUAUUGUGA